AUGACCCUUCCAAUCAACUCACCGUGGAUGAUACUCGCAGCCGCAGCCCUCCUCUUCAUAUCUCCAGCAGCAGCCGCCGUACUCUGUCGAAGCUUCUGCAACAACAUCCCCGUAAAUUACCCCUUCGCCGUCGACGACGGCUGCGGCGCCGCCCAGUUCCGCCGCGCGCUCAACUGCUCCGCCGCGGGCCUCUUCUUCCUAACCCCCUCCGGCUCCUACAAGGUCCAGGCAAUCGACUACCGGCGGCAGUCAGUGGUCGUGUUCGACCCCUCCAUGUCCACCUGCUCCAUCCUCCAGCCCCGCCGCGACUUCUCCCUGACCGAGAUCCAGUACGCCACAAUCCCGCCGUCGCCCGACACCGUCUUCGCCCUCGUCAACUGCUCCGCCGACUCCCCCGUGCUCAACCACUACAGAUCCCUCUGCUUCAACUUCUCUGGCCACUCGUGCGACGAGCUCUACACCGCCUGCACCUCCUUCAAGCUCUUCCGCGUCCUAUCCAACGCCAACGCCAACGCCAACGCCACCGCGCCGUCGCCGCCGUGCUGCUUCACGAGGUACGACACGCUGAGGUUCAUGGCACUGGACAUCCUGGACUGCACGCACUACACGAGCGUGUACAACGUGGACGGGCUGGCCGGAGUUGGUCCACUGGACUGGAUGUACGGGAUUAAGUUGACGUACAACUUGCCGGAGAUGGGAUGCGAGCGGUGCGCAAGGUCGGGUGGUACCUGCGGCUUCGAUGUUGAGACCCUAGGCUUCGUCUGCAUUUGCUCUACCACGCUCAAUACGACUAGAGAUUGCGGUAAAUUACUAAAUUUACAUCAGUAG